UCUUAAAUUCUAGAAUUCUAGCGUAAACCCCCAGACCUGGAACGAUAAAUUGGCUUUCAAGGGUAAGGAAUAUUUUUUAUUGGGAGUCCCUCCGCCCCAAGGUCCAUUCUCCCUGAGUGGCGGUCUGGAGGCUGCAGCUAGCCCGAGGGAAGGAGCCAGAGGGGGCACUUUUCCCGAGGGUGGGCGGCCGGGGCGGGGCCACGAGCAGCCCGAAGUGUCAUUCGGCUCGGCCCGAAUCCCGCAGCUGAGGGGGGAAUGGGGCGGUCCCGAGGCUGAGCCCUAGGACAGGGCGGGCCAUGGGCUCUGGGCCGGGGCCCCGCCCUCCCUCCACCCUCGCCACCUGAGACAGGUGGAGCCGCCAGAGUGGCUGGAGGAGUCAUGUCCGAGAAGGAGCCGGACCAAGCGCCGGGGCCCCCGGAGGAUUCGGCGCCGCGAUGUCCCGAGCACGACCUGGAGCUGAAAUGGUUCUGCAGCUCCGAGCGGCGGCUCGUGUGCGCCAGCUGCAAGGGACUGGGGGGCCCUUGCCGAGAGCACCACGUCCGGAGGGCGGAGGAGCGGGCGGAGGAGCUGCGGAACAAGAUAGUGGAUCAGUGUGAGAAGCUGCAGCUACAGAGUGCUGGCAUCACCAAAUACAUGGCUGAAGUCUUGCCUCGGAAAAACCAAAAUGCAGCGACCUUGGCCAGUGGGGCCCGGGAGAUAGUGAUCCAGCGGCUGGGCCUGGUGAAGAAUGUGUGUGAGAGUGAGGAGCAGAGGCUGCUGGAACAGGUACACACGGAGGAGGAGCGAGCCCACCAGAGCAUCCUGACCCAGCGGUCCCAUUGGACCGAGGCCUUACAGAAGCUCAGCACCAUCCGCACCAACCUAGUGAGCAUGCUCACUGAUCUCGAUGACCGCAGCCUUGUUCAAUCAGAGCGGGAGAUUUUUGAGAGGACUGAGGAAGCUGAGGGAAUCUUGGAUCCCCAGGAAUCUGAGAAGUUAAAUUUUAAUCAGAAAUGUGUUCGGAGCCCAUUAUUGACCCAGCUCUGGGCAUCGGCUGUUCUCUGCUGCCUAUCAGGUACUGAGGACAUACAGGUGGAUGAGAGGACCAUCAGUCCCUUUCUCCGACUGUCAGAGGACAGGAAGACCUUAACCUUCAAUCCCAAGAAGUCUAAGGCCUAUGCAGAUGGCCCAGAACGCUUUGACCACUGGCCCAAUGCCCUGGCUUCAACCUCCUUCCAGGGUGGCCUUCAUGCCUGGAUAGUGAAUGUAGAGAACAGCUGUGCCUAUAAGGUGGGAGUCUCCUCGAGCCAGCUGCCCCGAAAGGGUUCUGGCAGUGACACCCGCCUUGGCCACAAUGCUUUCUCCUGGGUUUUCUCUCGCUAUGACCAGGAAUUCCGGUUCCUGCACUGCGGUCAGUACCAGCCUUUGGCGCUGCUGCGCUGUCCAGACCGCAUUGGGGUGUUGUUGGACUUGGCAGCGGGUGAGCUGCUGUUCUAUGAGCCCACCUCGGGGGCCCUCUUGUGUUCCUACCAUGCCCAGUUUGAGGGCCCUAUCUUUCCCGUCUUUGCUGUGGCUGACCAGAAAAUCUCCAUUGUUCAGUGAUGGGCUUCUCUCCUGAUGCUCGAAGAGUUCCCUCCUCCCUGGCCCACCCCCAACCUCACGGUGCCAGGUUUUCCCCAUUGUGCAUGCCCAGUAGCCGUAUAUCACCUACAGCAGAUAGUGGUGGGAAGAUGGAGCUGAGGCGGGCUUCCAACUGGGGUUCCACCUUUGAGGGCCUUGGUGUUGGUGAGGAGCAUGCCCUCACCCCUUGGUCGCCUCUUUUCCCCAUCAUUCGUUCUUUAAGUAGCUGAUAUGGGAGGAUGGGGAAAGGAGAGAGAGGGCAGUAGAGGAAAGAACAUUUGCCUGGGAGUCAAAUGCCUGGGUCCUAGUUUCAGCGCAUCGCUAACUCACUGUGUGUGUCCAGUAAUUUGUUUGAUCUUGUUAGGCAUCAAUUUCCUCAUGUGUGAGGGUAGAUGAGCUGAAGGUGAUCAUUAGCUCUCACAGUCAGUGAGCAGAGUUCGCCGGCAUUAACUAUUUCUGGUUCCUCGGGUAGUGACUGCUUAUCACUGCCAGGUCUGUGUUUAUAGCCCCUUUUCUUCUGUUCUGGGGACUCACCAGGUCCACUCUCCCACUUUCUGGAUGCUGGGUACUCCCUGGACCCCUACAUCCAUCCGAGGUUGUUAGGUAGGCUCUCCUACCAGGUGCUAACUUCAGCUGGAGCUCUGGGCCAGUCCUGCUGAGAGUUGCUGGUAGCAGAUGGCUUUUCCCUAGCCCAGCCUGAUAGAUGUCUCCAGUCUUUCACCUUCUCUUGUCUCAGCCAGUACCCAUUCUCGAGGGCUAGGAGUUGGGCACAUGAAUAAGGAGCCUGAGAGGGGACGGAGUGGAAGCAUGGAUGCCUAAUGGCAGGGCAGGCUCCUGAGGAAGUGUCUGGCUGUGGGAAACAUUUAAAUUAUUAAAAGGUUUGGGAAAAAAAUUCAAAUUCCUGGUUUCUUUUGUCCUUGUUCCUUUGCUGGUAAUUGAGUAUGCCUCAUAUCCUUUUUUUAAAAAACCCUUAUUUUCUGUCUUAGUAGCAAUUCUAAGAUAGAAGGGCAAGUGUUGGGCAAUCAGGGUUAAGUGACUUGCCCAAGGUCAUACAGCUAGCAAGGAUCUGAGGCCAGAUUUAAACCCAGGUUCUCUUGAUUCCAGGACUGGCAACUCUAUUCUGUGUCACCUAGCUGCCCUAUGUUCUGAUCUCAUCAUCCCCCAGAGCUAUCUGAGAGUUCGUUGCACCAUUAUUUGUACUAGAAAAUGUAUGCUUUCUCCACUCCCAUAUGCCUUCUCAAAACUGGAAGAGGAAAUGAUGGAAAAAAAACACUGGACUGGGCAGUCAGGAAGUUUGGGGUCUAAUUAUGCCUUUGACCUAAGAGCAUGUUGCCCUUAAGCAAAUCACCUCAUUGUACUCCUGACUUCAGUUUCCUCAUUCAGAAGAGAAGGGAGGAAGGGAUGCUGGGCCAUUCUUUGGUUCUACCAUGGCAAUACUGGCAAAAACUCAACUGUUUACAAAUCUUUUAACUUUCAUCAAUAUGGCAUCAAUUUGGCAAUGGAAUGUCUCUCUAUGCUUACAAUGGAUUAAUCUGUCUUUGUAAACUGCCACAUAUGUAUUGAUUUUAAAGUUUAUAAAGAUCUCUAUAGCCCUGUAAGCAGA